AUGCUGCGAUGGUCUCAGAAAUCCAUUGCACGCAGAGCAGGGCGCGCUCUUCUUGGAGCAGGAUGUGUAGGCGGCGCUGGAUGCAUUUUCUUGUAUUCGACCGAUCCCAGCUUUGAACGAUCGGUCCGCUUCUGGCGCCAUACUGGGCCAAUUGUGGCUCAUUACUUCCUAGAGCGGUGGUGCUCCACCGAUGAAGCUGAUCGCGACGCCCGGUUCCAGCGACUUCACUCACUGUAUGCCGCCAAAGCGCGAGAAGUAGUCGAGGAGCUGCGUGGAAUGUUUGUGAAGGUUGCUCAAGUUCUAAGUGUUCGACCUGAGGCAGUUCCGGAGCAGUAUCGAAAUGAGUUUCGCAAGCUUCAAGAUUGUGCUCCUGCAGCGCGCUGGGAUCCCAUUCGGCAUGUGCUUGAACGAGAUCUUGGGGCUCCUGUCGCGGAGGUCUUUGAUCAAAUCGACCAAGAACCGCUCGGUGCGGCGAGCAUCGGACAGGCUCAUCGAGUCGUUUGGCAGGGAAGGCCUGCUGUCGUGAAGGUGCAGUAUCCUGAUGCUGCAGCCAUGCUUCGAGCAGAUUUUCGAUGCCUAGAGCUGUUGCUUUGGCUUGUCAGCCAAGAUGCUCUUACCAUUCUACAGCAGGUGAGGCAGCAGUUUGCAACUGAGCUGGACUAUGAGUCAGAGGCAUCUCACCUUCGGGAGUUGCACGAUGCUUUUCAGGUAGCUCCCGAUUUCAAGGGUCGUGUAGUUUUGCCAGAGCCCAUUCCAGAGCUUACCAGUGGCCAUGUGAUAGGAAUGGGCUUCUUAGACGGCCCCAAAUUGGAGGUUGCUUUGAGGUCGCGCCUUGAGGCCUUGGGGGUUGAUCUUGGAAAGCAAGGCAUAGGAGAAUGGCUGGCAGCACAGCAGAGGAAUGGCAUCAACAAGAACUUUAGUACAGUGCAAGAUGCCGAAUCUUCUGGAAGUGAGGAAUCCUCUACUAGCUUCCCCUGGAACAGAUUGACAGUAGUUCUCCGCUGGGUGAGUUUGGAUGCGAUGCUGUGGCUUGCUCGGAAGCUGGCCAAUUUGAGGUCUGGCACUGGGCCAACUGCAGAUCUUCACUCUGCGCUGCGGCUUGUUCUAGAUGCUCACGGCUACCAGCUGUUUUUCUGCCCGAUCUUCAACGCUGAUCCCCAUCCCGGGAACAUUCUGAUGAUGCCUGACGGUCGCAUUGGCCUCAUUGACUUCGGCCAAUGUCGGAGGCUCACCUCGGAGCAGAAGGCUGGAUUGGCUCGGCUUCUCCAAGCAGUAUCGCAGCCUGUAUCCCCAGAGGCAGAUCGCCAAGUAGCUGCAGCCUUCGAAGCUACGGGAGUGAAAACAAAACAUGGUGAUCCGGAAUUCCUGGCUCUUUUGCCUCGCCUGAUGUUCUCCCGAAUCCACACGGAGUGGGUCCGCGGUGACAUCAAGGAAACACUUCAACGUGACAGGAUAGUGGAGGUGCCGGUGCACAUGGUGAUGGCCUACCGUACAGCCAUGCUCCUUCGAGGACUUUGCUUAGUCCUCCAGGAAAACACAUCGGUUGCCGAAGCAUGGAGCCCUUGGGCAGAGCGAUGGUUACAAGCGUCCAGUUGA